AAGCGGAAAUCCGGAAGCGACGAGUCAGCUGAGGCUGUUUAUCCGGUUUAUCUCUGUUAGCUUCAUGGCUAACAUCUCCUCUUCCUAGGGUGUGUUUCCCAGCGCUGGACUUGUCUGUGAAAACAGCGGAGCUACUGUUCUUUGCAAAGUGAAAACCUGUGACAGUCUUUAAAGAUGAAGUCUGUGUUGGUCCUCGAGAUUUUUACACUGGGUUGCUUCGUUCUGUUAAGUGACGUUAUGGCGAAGAAUGCUGAAGACGUCCGCUGUAAAUGCAUCUGUCCACCAUACAGAGAGAUCAAGGGGCAAAUCUACAAAAAAAAUGUUACUCUCAAAGACUGUAACUGUCUCCAUGUGGUCGAUCUCUUCCCGGUGGACGGCAAAGAUGUCGAAGCGUACUGUUUACGCUGUGAGUGCAAAUAUGAAGAGAGGAGCUCAGGAACCAUAAAGUUUACCAUCAUAAUGUACCUGUCCAUCCUGGGCCUGCUGCUGCUCUACAUGGUCUACCUGACUCUCCUGGAGCCCAUUCUAAAGAGACGUCUGUUCGGACACUCGCAGCUCAUCCAGAGUGAUGAUGAUGCCGGGGACCAACAGCCAUUCGCAAACGCUCACAACGUUCUGUCGCGUUCACACUCUCGACCAAAUGUGCUGAACAAAGUGGAGCACGCUCAGCAGCGCUGGAGGAGGCAGGUCCAGGAACAGAGGAAGUCUGUGUUCGACCGCCACGUCGUUCUCAGUUAAUCUGCCGUGAGCUACCGGUGGAGCAAAAACAACAAAAAAAUGAAGUAAAAAAAAAAAUGUUCACUGUGACAGAACCCCUGAAUUAUUUCUCAAGCUUUCUUCUCUUUUCUGGUUUGUACCAUCAAAGUGUGACAUACUGUCUUUGAUCAUGGUGAGGUUCCUGGCAGUUGUUUAAUGGAAAUCUUAGUCUGCAGGCAGCACAAGAGAUUAUGGUGAAUUCAGUUUGGCUCAGUUUUGAAGUUUGAAGGCAGAAUUCUUCUCUCACAAAGGCACUGGAGAAUGUGACAUGAAACACAUGAUGGUAGAAGCUAAUACAUUUCCAGUGGAUGUUGUACUGGUCUCUGUGUUGGACGGACUUCCAUCAGUCUUAAAAUGACCAGCCUUUCAAUUUUAAAGCCAGAAUAAAAGAUCAAGAUGUUGGUUGGUAACUGGACGCAUGUAGCUGGUGAGUAGUUAAAUCCAAACAUUAAAAUAACUUAGAACUAUUGCUCUCACCACAGGAGAAGGGAACUAGUGUAACAUAGAAACCUUUCAGCUUUCUCAAAACAUGCAUGUUUUAUAAUAUAUCUUUUGUAAAUGUGUUUUCAGCCCUUCAUUCCUGUUCAUGCUCUGUGUCUGAGGUAAGAAUCAUCUUUCAAUGCGUGGAAGUAGUUUCACCGAAUCUUAUUGCAGGAAUCGAUGCGAGUCCUUGAUGUGAUGUUGUCGUGAGCAUAGCUGUAAUAUUGAUCCUCAUCUGAAACCAGUGCCCGUAGUAUUUAAUUUUAGCACUUUUUUGUGCUUAGACUAACACCAGCUUCAUGAUCCCAGUGCCUGUUGUCCAACAGGAAUUAUUGAUGCUGGUGUUCUGAGCUCAGAUGUUGAUCAUGUAAAAAGUUGGGCUGCAGAAAAAAAAAAAACUACUGUUGGAGAUGUAUGAAAGUGUUCUUAUCUAUUGUACAUGUGAUUCCUUUACCUUUGAAAUAAACUUAUGUAAUAUUUGUGA